AUGAUGUCACCCCCUACAGUCCUUAACCUAGGUGGUCUCCCAGCCAAGACAGACCUAGUAGGACAAAAUGCCCCCAGUAACGAGAAGUUCGAAGUUCUUGAGGAAAGAUUAAGAGCAAUAGAGGGGACAUACGUUUUUGGCAACAUCGAUGCCUCACAAUUGUGUUUGGUGUCUGGUUUAGUCAUCCCUCCAAAAUUCAAGGUGCCAGAGUUUGAGAAGUACGAUGGUUCUUCUUGUCCUAAGAAUCAUCUUAUAAUGUACUGUAGGAAGAUGGCAGCGUACGUCCAAAAUGACAAAUUGUUGAUACACUGCUUUCAAGAUAGUUUAUCUGGUCCGGCCUCUCGUUGGUACAUGCAGUUAGAUAGCUCUAAUGUUGGCUCGUGGAAGAAUCUUGCCGACUCCUUCCUAAAACAAUAUAAGCAUAACAUAGACAUGGCUCCAGAUCGCUUAGAUUUACAGAGGAUGGAGAAGAAGAGUACAGAGAGCUUUAAGGAGUAUGCUCAAAGGUGGAGGGACACGGCAGCUCAAGUCCAACCUCCUUUAACAGAUAAGGAGCUAUCUGCCAUGUUCAUCAAUACCCUAAAACAUCCUUUCUAUGAUCGGAUGAUAGGAAACGCUUCCACAAAUUUCUCUGAUAUUAUGACCAUCGGAGAAAGAAUUGAAUACGGGGUUAGACAUGGGCGAAUAACCAGUACUGUCGAUGAGCCAUUAGCUGCAAAGAAGGCAAGUCAUUCCAAGAAGAAGGAAGGUGAGGUGCAAAUGGUGGGAGCAGACCGACAUUCUUGGAAGCAACAACCGUACAGUCGGACACCGCGAUACACUCCGUAUUAUUACCCAACGCCAUACGGGUAUAAUCAACCAUUUGUGAAUAAUGCAACUUCACAUUACUCCCCUUAUACUUUCCAAAAUUUUCGACCCCCAGCCAGUCAAAAUUUCCAACCUACCCCAGCCAGUCAAAAUUUCCAACCUAGGGGUCAGCAGCAUAAUACACUCUAUACUCAAGAACAACAGACUAAUAGAGGGGCACGUAAACAGACCCAGUUUGACCCAAUCCCCAUGACUUAUACUGAGCUUCUGCCUCAGUUAUUUCAAAAUAAUCAGCUGGCGCCUGUACCUGUAGAUCCGAUCCAGCCUCCAUACCCAAGAUGGUAUGAUACAAAUGCUCGUUGUGACUAUCACGCAGGAGCCAUAGGGCAUUCAACAGAGAACUGCACUGCAUUGAAAUACAGGGUUCAAGCUUUGAUCAAGGCAGGUUGGUUGAACUUUAAAAAAGAAAAUGGGCCUGAUGUAAGUAAGAAUCCGCUGCCGAAUCAUCAGAAUGUCCAAAUAAAUGCAAUCGAAUGCCAAGAGAUCGAGUCGAAGAGUAAGGUUGCCGAUAUUAGAACCCCUAUGGUGGAACUAUUCGAAAUUCUCUUGGGUAGUGGAUAUGUAUCAGUGGAAUACCUAUGCCCAAACCUCAAGUAUAAAGGGUAUGAUGAAAGUCUGACGUGCCCGUUCCACGCUGGGGCAAAAGGUCACUCCCUAGAGCAAUGCAACAGUUUCCGGAUGAAAGUUCAAGAGUUGUUAGACUCAAAAAUCCUUACUGUUGCAAAUUCUCACCAGAAGAAAGGGAUAAAUAUCGUGGAGGAUGUCUCAGUUGCUGAAGGCUCAAGUGAUGCUCUUAAGCCAAAAUGUCUCACCAUCUUUUACAGUGAAAAGCCAAAUGCACCCAACUGCAGUCGGAAACCAAUCACUAUCACGGUCCCAGCUCCUUUCGAGUAUAAAAGUUCCAAAGCAGUGCCUUGGAAAUAUCAGUGCAAGGUAACUGUAGGGCAAGAUGUAUCAUCUCCUCCACUCCCAAUUGACAAUAUUACCGGAGUGGGAGGUUUGACACGAACUGGGAGAUGUUAUACACCGGAUAGCCUGCUAAAGUGCGUGAAUGAAACUACUAGUGAAAAGAAUAAAGAGAAAGCAAGUGAGAAGAAGAAGGAGAAAGUGGAAGAGGAUAAGAAAGGGAAGGCCAAACUCCACGAGGAUGUCCAUGAUGAACUGGUGGAGGCAAUUGUUGUAAAGGAUGUAAGUCCUAAACAACCCAUGUCUGAGGAAGAGACUCAAGAGAUUCUGAAGCUAGUGAAGCAAAGUGAAUACAAAGUUAUUGAACAAUUAGGUCGGACACCCGCAAAGAUCUCUAUAUUAUCUUUAUUGUUAUCCUCUGAAGCGCAUCGGAAUGCACUGUUGGAGGCCUUGAAACAGGCUUUCGUUUCACAAGAUAUCACAGUGGAUAAUUUGAGCAACGUUGUGGGGAAUAUAAGCGCUAGCUCCAUCACUUUUACAGAUGAGGAGAUACCACCAGAGGGUACAGGACAUACCAAAGCUCUCCACAUCUCAAUUAAGUGUAAAAAYUUCCUAAUAGCAAAAGUCCUUGUGGACAAUGGAUCUUCUUUAAACAUAAUGCCAAGAUCCACGCUAGAGAAGUUACCCGUUGAUAUGUCCCAUAUGAGACCUAGUACUGUGAUAGUAAGAGCUUUCGAUGGAGCUCGCAGCGCUGUUGUUGGGGAUAUUGAGAUCCCGAUCCAGAUAGGUCCUUGCACCUUUGACAUAACAUUUCAGGUUAUGGACAUCACAUCAGCUUAUAGUUUCUUGUUGGGGCGACCGUGGAUACAUUCGGCAGGAGCAGUUCCAUCCACUUUACAUCAGAAAAUUAAGUUUGCGGUUGACCAAAAUGUUGAUUAUAGAGACUUGAAUCGUGCAAGUCCAAAAGACAACUUCUCGCUUCCUCAUAUCGAUGUGCUGGUUGAUAAUACUACUGGGUUCUCAACCUUCUCCUUUAUGGAUGGGUUCUCAGGCUACAAUCAGAUCAAGAUGGCACCUGAGGAUCGUGAAAAAACCACAUUGAUUACGCUAUGGGGAACUUUCUGCUACAAAGUUAUGCCAUUUGGGCUAAAAAAUGCUGGGGCAACCUACCAGCGUGCCAUGGUUACUCUCUUUCAUGACUUGAUGCACAAAGAAAUUGAAGUUUACGUGGAUGAUAUGAUUGCCAAGUCAAAACAGGGCGAGGAGCACACAACUAUUUUAAGGAAGCUGUUUGAUCGAUUGAGGAAGUUCAAAUUGAAACUCAAUCCCAACAAAUGCAUAUUUGGGGCAACCACUGGAAAACUCCUUGGUUUUGUAGUAAGCCAAGAAGACAUUAAAGUUGACCUGGAUAAAGUCAAAGCAAUCUUAGAGAUGCCACCUCCACAGACGCAGAAAGAAGUCAGAGAAUUUCUAGGACGACUCAACUACAUCGCAAGGUUAAUAUCUCACUUAACAGCAACUUGCGAACCCAUCUUUAAAUUGCUCCGCAAGAACAACGAUGGGGUAUGGAGUGAAGAUUGUCAAGCAGCAUUCGAUAAGAUUAAGCAGUAUUUGCAAGACCCUCCAAUUCUUGUGCCACCAACUCCAGGACGACCCCUUAUUUUGUAUCUCACAGUGACUGAAAACUCAAUGGGAUGUGUACUGGGGCAGCAUGAUGAUUCAGGCAGGAAAGAACAGGCUAUAUAUUAUUUAAGUAAGAAGUUCACCGAUUGCGAGACUAGAUACUCUCAAGUAGAAAAAACUUGUUGUGCUCUAGCUUGGGCUACUCGACGUCUAAGACAAUACAUGUUGUAUUAUACCACAUGGCUCAUUUCAAAGAUGGACCCCAUAAAGUACAUUUUUGAAAAGCCGUCUCUCUCGGGUCGAAUUGCAAGGUGGCAGGUCCUCUUGUCCGAAUAUGAUAUUGUUUAUGUUACUCGAAAGGCUAUUAAGGGGAGUGCUUUGGCCGACUACCUAGCUCAACAACCUAUAAAUGACUACAUACCGGUAAAGUUCGAUUUUCCAGAUGAGUAUAUCUCCACCAUAACUGCAAGUGAGGAAAGUUUAGACCCGCAAACUUGGACCAUGAUGUUUGAUGGUGCCUCUAACGAGUUAGGUCAUGGGAUUGGGGGUAUUUUGAUAUCACCCAAAGGGGAACUAUACCCUCUUACCGCUAGAUUAUGUUUUGACUGCACACAUAAUAUGGCCGAGUAUGAAGCAUGCUCGAUGGGCGUCCAAGCUGCUGUUGAUAUGAAGGUUAAGAAACUUAAAGUUUUUGGGGAUUCUAUGCUAGUAAUUCAUCAACUAAGAGGAGAAUGGGAAACAAGAGACGUUAAGUUGUUGCCUUACAAACAACUCAUAACAGAAUUGUCACAAGAAUUUGAUGAAAUCUCAUUUGAUUAUUUGCCAAGAGAAAAUAAUCAAGUAGCAGAUGCAUUGGCCACAUUAGCGGUGAUGUUCAAUUUAGAACUCAAUGAGGAUGUCAGUCCGAUUAAAGUUGGGAGGAGAGAUGUCCCAGCUUCUUGUAUGAGCAUUGAGGAAGAACCCGACGGUAACCCCUGGUUUCAUAACAUCAAGUAAUAUAUAAAGAGUAAAGAGUAUCCACCAAAUGCUUCAGAAAAUGAUAAGCGCACCCUUCGCAAGUUGGCAAUGAAGUUUUUCUUAAACGGAGAGAUAUUGUACAAGAGAAACCAUGACAUGGUUCUCCUAAGGUGCGUCGAAGGAAGAGAUGCCAAUAGGAUUAUGGAAGAAGUUCAUGAAGGAGUGUGUGGCACUCAUGCAAAUGGACACAUGAUGGCUAGACAAAUUUUAAGAGCUGGCUAUUACUGGCUGACUAUAUAGACAGAUUGUAUUAAAUAUGCAAGAAAAUGUCACAAAUGUCAAAUUUACUCGGACAAGACUCAUGCUCCUGCUUCUCAUUUGCAUACUUUGACAGCUCCUUGGCCUUUCUCUAUGUGGGGCAUGGAUCUGAUAGGACCUAUCGAACCUAAAGCAUCAAAUGGGCACCGAUUCAUUUUGGUAGCCAUAGAUUAUUUUACUAAAUGGGUAGAAGCAGCUUCUGACCGAGAUGUGACAAAAGGAGUUGUAGUCAAAUUCAUCAAGAAUGAAAUUAUUUGUCGUUAUGGUCUUCCUCAAACCAUAAUUUCCGAUAAUGCAAGGAAUUUGAACAACAAAUUGAUGAGUGAGCUCUGUGAGCAUUUUAAGAUCAAACAUUUCAACUCAACCCCUUAUCGACCUAAGAUGAAUGGUGCAGUAGAAGCCGCCAACAAAAACAUAAAAAGAAUAGUUGAAAAGAUGACUGUAACUUACAGAGACUGGCAUGAAAUGCUUCCAUUUGCCUUACAUGGUUACCGCACCUCAGUUCGUACUUCAACUGGGGCAACGCCAUUUUCUUUAGUUUAUGGUAUGAAAGCUGUUCUCCCUAUUGAAGUAGAAAUUCCAUCAUUGAGAGUUAUCAUGGAAGCUAAGUUACAAGAGGCUGAGUGGGUCCAAAGACGUUAUGAGCAGCUAAACUUUGUAGAAGAAAAGAGGUUGACGGCAUUAUGCAGAGGACAACUUUAUCAAAGAAGAAUGAUGAAAGCGUAUGACAAGAAGGUGCACCCAAGAAGGUUUAGAGAGGGAGAUUUAGUUCUAAAAAUAAUUCUCCCAUUACAGAAAGAUCAUCGAGGCAAAUGGACCGCGAAUUAUGAAGGACCAUUUGUGGUGAAAAAGGCUUUCUCCGGAGGAGCACUAGUUCUGGCCAACAUGGAUGGCACUGAAUUUUUAAAUCCAGUCAACUCAGAUCAUGUUCGAAAAUAUUAUGCAUAG